AUGGUUGACUCUGAAGUGCUCGCUGCUUCCGCCGCGACUAAGCGGCCUCACUCCGCCGUCGAUGGCGACGAGAACGGUGACGACGACUCCUCCGACGAUGAUUUCGGUCCAGCACUGCCCUCUGAAGUCGCGCCAAAGAAGAAACGCCGAAAGCUACCCUUCGAGAAUGUCUACGUCAAUGCCCUGCCUGCCUCGCCUCGAUACUCGAAGUCCCUCAUGCACAAGGAGCAACUGUCGUUCGUGACCGUCACUCCGGUCACCGACUUUGUCAUCACCAGCUCGAUCGAUGGUGUAGUCAAGUUCUGGAAGAAGAUGGCCGAUGGCAUUGAGUUCGUGAAGGAGUUCAGAGCCCACCCCGGCGAAAUUCGCAGUACGAGUGUCAGUGCCGAUGGGCGCAGUUUUGCGACGGCAGGAACCGACAAAACGGUCAAGAUUUUCGAUGUGAUAACAUUCGACCUUCUGGCCAUGUAUACACUGGAAUUUGUACCUCGCUGUGUUUGCUGGGUGCAUCGACGAGGUGCUUCUCUGCCCUUGCUCGCCGUAACAGACGAAUCGAGCAACGUCAUUCAAGUCUUCGAUGGGCGAGGCGAGAAUCCUCAGCCUCUGCACACGGUCAAGACCGUUCAUCGCACCCCCGUGGUGUCAUUAGCCUUCAACAAUGCAUUCGACUGUGUGGUGUCGGCGGAUGAAUCAGGGAUGGUUGAAUACUGGCGAGCUGGAGACGGGUCGUUUGAAAAACCGGACAACGUUUUUGAACUGAAGUCAUCGACCAAUUUGUUUGCAUUCAAAAAGGCCAAGUCUGUCCCUACCGCGAUCACUAUCUCGCCCUCCGGAGAGCACUUUGCGACGAUGUCAUUCCCCGAUCGGCAAGUACGGGUAUUUGAAUUUGCAACGGGAAAGCUCUAUCGAACCUACGACGAGUCAAUAGCGACCAUCACCGACAUGCAACAGGCUGGCACGGCACCGUAUCAGCUGGACGAGGUGGAAUUUGGACGGCGACUGGGCGUGGAACGAGAGCUGGAAGGAGAGUCUACUCGCAACAAGGUCAAUGUCUCCUUUGAUGAGUCAGGCCACUUCCUCCUCUACGGGUCAUUGUACGGGAUCAAGUGCAUCAACACCUACACCAACCGGGUGAUUCGGGUCUACGGUCGCGACGAGCCCUUCCGAGCAUUGAACUUGGCUCUUUACCAGGGCCAGCCGCAGCGAAAGGGUGUGGUUACGGUGUCAAUGGCCGCCAGUAGCAACCCGUUAUUGCAGGAGGCCGAAGAACGCGACCCAAUUCUGCUCAGCACUGGAUUCGCCAAGGUGCGCUUCUACAUGUUCACCAACGAGACUGAGGUGUCCAAGUCGAGCCGUGAUGUACAGAACGAGAAGCCGACUCAGGUCGCUGGAGACUCCGGCGCGGGCAUCAGCAAGGCUGCAGAGAGCGGAACCGCCGCGAUUCUGCACACUACCCUGGGCGAUAUCCACCUGCGUUUGUACCCAUCCGCGGCCCCGCGGACGGUGGAAAACUUCGUGACGCACGCGCGACGAGGAUACUACAACAACACCAUCUUCCACCGAGUCAUCCGCAAAUUCAUGAUCCAGGGUGGUGACCCGCAAGGCGACGGCACCGGCGGCGAGUCGAUCUGGGGCGGCGAAUUUGCCGACGAGUUUUCGAGUCUGCGACACGACAAGGCGUAUACCUUGUCCAUGGCCAACGCGGGGCCCAACACCAACGGCAGUCAGUUCUUCAUCACCACCGAGAAGACACCCUGGCUCGACAACAAGCACACCGUCUUCGGCCGUGCCGUGCAAGGACUCGACGUGGUGCACAAAAUCGAGAACGUCAAGACUCACAAGGAGAAGCCGGAGGUGGAUGUGAAGAUUGUCAGCAUCAGCAUUUCCUAG